AAUGAUUUGUCUGAAAAGAGUAUAGCGUAAACAUUUAUUAUGCAGCAAAUGGAUUGUGACGAGGAAGAUUUAGGCUUCGAAGGACGCCCUAUAGCGCCAGAAGUACUCUCAUUACCAGCGAGACAUGUGCUACGACAUGACAAAGUGAGAGACCCGUUGUCUCUUCGCAUGAACCUGUUAGGUGCUUUAAGAAAUUGGCGAGAUGUAGCUGCUUCGCUUGGCUAUGACCAGGACAAGAUCCUUGGUCUCUUUGCACAUCACGAAAGACCUGGAUUAAGCUUACUUGAAGACUGGAUGUACGAAGAGAAUGGAAUUCUCGAGAAACUUGUCUCUGUCCUCGGCGAGUUGCGUAUGCAUAGUUGCCUUGAAGUGGUUUACGAAUGUGUCGAAGGUAAGUUGCAUGUACAUUCAUAGGUUUUUGAAAUUUUACAAGAGUGGGGAUGUAAGAAUAGUCGUUUCUUUGGAAGCUACAGGAAGAACUUGUCUUUUGAGUCAUUACAAGGCAAUCAAGUCGUUUUUUUCUGUUUUAUUUUUUGUACAUCGCUUUAUACGUGCAUAGCUAGAGUCCAUUCAUGCGAUCAAACAGCACGCUUCAGGCAGAUUUCGUGUACACAGUUCUAACUUUGUCGUUUAAGUUAUACUUUUACCCAAUCAACCGAUUGCUAACUCACGAUUAGCUAUUUCAAACGGUUACGAAAUCAAGUUUAGGGUAUUGAUGUAAAGCCCAAGAAAUAAAAUUAUAUUCAGGGAACGCUCUUCCCACGCAACAAGCUCAUAAAUAUAUUUCGUCUUUGUAUGAGCCCAAUGAUUAACCUGUUGGUAGAUAAUUUCUUCAGGCGCAAUUUCGUUUUUUUAUUGUAAGAGGCGUGAAAAACAUUUCCUUUCAUCUUAGAGAUUAUUUUUUUAUUUUUUUAUUCCGUGUCUUUUGUUAUUUCUCUAUAACCUUCUGCACGUCGCUUAAGCUAAUAAUAUGUAAAUUUAAUAUGUAAAUUUAAUGGUAUGUCGCAUUUUUUAAAUUUGAUCAGCAAACUCAACAGGCGAUCGCAGAGUUUUCUUAAAUCCUUCUUUCUCUUUUUUUUUCUCUCGAUAUAAAGAAAUUUUCCUUAUGUUUGUUAUAAGUCUUUGUUACUUAAAGCAUUAAAUUUCCCUUCAGGGCGACGAUGAAAAUUAUUCUCUCAUACCCCCUUAAAGAUACGUGCGGGUGGUAAAAUUUUCAAGUUUUUUGUUUAUUAUGCAAAUAACCCUUUUUUUCACGCUACGUAGUCUUCGAUCGAAGUUAGUUUUUCUUAAGUUUGUUGUGGAAGCAAAAGUCAACAUUAACUUCCUUUUGUUAUCAAGUUUUUCUCUUGGUAUUUACAGUAUGUAGGUUAGUUACGGAACUUAAGAUGAUGCUUGCUUUUUCCUACAUCCAAAGUGACUCUUCCGCUUGUUUGCUGACAGAUUGACCUCACGCAAUAUGAUCUCGUGACUAUCAAUUUUUUUGGACUGAAUCAAUUGAAAGGAACAUUUCCACUGCCUUUUUAUUAUACGUUUAUUUUAUAACUAGCCGUUUACCAUGUAUUUUUGUUAUACGUAUGUUGGAGCUAACCUGGGAUAAAUAUGUGCUCGAGAAAAGUAUAAAGUAGAUUCCUCUUUUUUCACUUAAUGCUCUAUUACAGCACAGAAAAAGUACAUAUAUUGCUGAAAAAACAACGGAAAAAAAAGACAAAAACAAAAAAUACAGAUUUGUUUAAUAUACAACAACAGAUAAAACUACAGUUACAUGAAAUAACUGGGGUUUAGUUUAGGCUUGACUUCCCUUGACUACUUACAUAAUUUUGUUUUCUCAAUAAAAAAGGUAAGGAGGAAUGGGUGGAUGGUUUAACUUUAAGGGGGGACGUAGAGCUAACAAAAUGAUUAGUUAGAGAGUAACAGAUGCAAGCCAACACAUUUAAAGAAGGAAAAGAUUCCAUACUAUUUUUUUGUAUGAUCAGUUUCAUGAUUUCAUUUACUUUACUUUAGAGUAUGAAAAAAGAUCAAGAGUCAGAAAUCACAUUCUAACAGAAGAUGAUGACGACUCUGAUAGGCAGCCUUCAUCUCUGACCAGUGAAAGCAGUGUCUCUUCGGAAAAUCCUUUAGUGUUUACAAUAACGGAUUAUAGCACAGAGCAAGAAACAUCUAUAACAUCAAAUCCCAGUUCAUCAGACUCUGUUACCGGUGGUAUCGAAACAGACGAUGAAGGUACAGUUAAAGAUUGUAUUUCUGGUAAGCCUCCUCAUGGAAGAGUAUCGAAUGACAAUUGCCAAAGUGCUGAUAGCCUGAAAACCCUUGGGACUGAACUUGAAGUUGUAAAAAGACCUCCAUUUUUGAGUUGUCGAUCUUGGUCACCUGAACGUACCUGUCAAGAGCCUGAUAAUGGUCAGAGAAGUGCACUCAGCCGCUCCAACUCUCAGCCUGCUGAUACAGACAAGAAAAAGAAGUCCCCUUUUAAGAAAGUAUUUCAAAGAUUUUCCAGAAAGUGGAAGAGAGACAAGAAAGAUAAGAGCAAGUCACCAGUUCAAACUAACCGCGAACUAAAUUCAUGUACAUCACUGAACACUGAAGAUUCAAGUAUUGGUACUUCCACAACAGUUGGAUGUACAUCUUUUACUGCUACAAACACUUACAAUGAACCUGCUGAAAAAACCUUUGAAAACUUUUCUCCUCUUAAGCUGGAUACAAAAGAGGCUCGCAGGUUGUCUCUUACAGACAGUCUGAGCUCUGGGGAGUCUGUGUCCCAGCCGACAUCGCCAGGCUAUGAGUCUGGAUAUAAUUCAUCAGAAGGUAAGAUAAUACUGCAGCAUUACUAAAUUGUUAAUAAUGAAGGCCUCUUUGCAAAAAAUUUUUGCAUUUUUUACUGAGGGACCAUUUAAUGGUCCCUCAGUAAUCUGCCAUGUGCUCAAGAAAUAAUUUUUUUUGUUACCAAGCAAAAUAACAUGUUGAACCUGAAUGGGAGUGCAAAAUGUUGAUCAUGUAGAACCUUUUGUUUUGGUUUGAGGGUGAUUCCUUGCUUGUUUUAUGGUAUUGUAUGACAAACCAAUAUGUAGUUAGGUAUGAACAGCAAAAGCCAUUUGUUGCUCACCAGGCAUCUUUUCUUUUUUGUGAUUUUGCCCAGUUCAGAGGUAAUUCAUUACCAUUUUUGUCAUUGCUGCAGCUUGCAGUGAGAGUAUUAAUUUUUAUUAAGCUAGCAAAUUAGGAUGACAAAAAAAUCCAUGCAACAAUCAGGAGUAUGUUUGCCAUAGUGUAUAAUAUGAUUGAGCCAAUUAAAUAUCACCCACCUCAGAAAGCAAAUUUCUAGUUUUAGGUAUACAGUGAAACCUCUAUUAAGCAGACCCCUAAUUUAGCGGACACCCUUUAUUAAGCAAACACUAAGUCAGGUCCUGAAAUUAACGUCUUAUAUUUCCAUUCAUAACGAACCCCUGUUCGGCGGACACCUCUAUUAAGCGGAUGUGGACACUAAAAUAAAUUGUAUUUAGCUAAUUUCUAUCGUUAAUAACCUCUAUUAAGGAGACACUGGACUGAAUUGACAAUAGUGGUAUUGCAUAAGGUCCUUGAAAUAAUGUACUGUAGUCGAUUUAUAAAUAUAAAUCAAUACAUUUAGCUGUCAAUGAACUGUAGAUAAGACCGAACGUCUUGCACAAAGUACAACACAGCUUCCUUAGCUUCCUGAACAACAUGGAACUUUAUCACAGAACAGAGUAACCAUUGAAAGUUAAUCGUUAACAAACAUUGUGCAAUUUUUGCAAACCUCUAUAAAGCAUACACCCUCUAUUAAGCGGACACUCGGGAAGGUCCGGAAGGUGUGCGGUUUCACUGUAUUUAUAAGAGCUAUAUGGAAAGUUCCUUGGCUUUUUGUGGUGCACUCGCAAAGGAUGGCGACACAUUUUGCAUCCUUUUACUCUAUUAGUGAAUUGCUAGCUGAUUGUUUCUGUGAUACAAAGAUACUUAAACUUAAGCAAAUCACUAAUUAUUCAUCUUCUGACAAGAGAUUCUUUCGUGCUGCUUAUUGCUACAGUGAUAAAGUGAGACAAGUUUCAUCCGCUUUGAAAGUAACAAGACAGAAAGUUAAAAACUUAAAAUUUACAAAUAACGGUAUAUGAUGUUGUGUGUAAACUUAACUUCGUCUAAAAUCUAAAAUCUUGGUUUUACAAUUUAUUUUGACUUAGAUUAUUUUAGACUUUUCAUUCCAACGUUUUAGUGUAGGAAAGUUAUGAAAAAUGCUGUAACUGAAUGAAGUCAUGCAACAUGCUUUAAGACCACAUAACUUAAUCUUUCUGGCAUCUUUUGUUCUUCUGUUGUCUCCAAAAGGAUCAAGAUGUUUUACCAAUUUCCACAUACAAACAAUAGGAGACAUUUGAUUGACAGAAAAAUUGGCAUUUACCAUCGACACGUAUCAAUAGAAGAGAUUCCAAAUGCUCCUUAGGGUGCAGCAACAUUGCUGAGUAUUUUACUUGAAAACUGUUUCGGUUUAGUCAUGAUCUGUAUGCUGCUAAGUUACUUGUGGAAAUUUUAUUUGUUUUUUAUUUUAUUAUUUUGUUUUUUCUCUGCAGGUCCCUCUGUUAGUUCGGGAAAAUCAAUCUCCAUUAUUCACUGUUCUGACCAAGAGGGAGAGGCCUUUCGCAAAAAGAUAUUUGAACUGUACGAUUACUUCAGUAAAACACUUGGUUAUAAGUGCUACUUGGACAAGUUAGAGGUGGUAAAAAUAGCGGAAAACAUGUUCCGUUACGUGGUGCAGAGAGUGAAACAAAGUGACUUCUUGUUCAUUUGUGUUUCACCACAGUUAAAGAGCUUAUUUGACUCCUCUGCUGAUGAAAUAAGUGAUAAACUAGAAGGUUGGUUUGUUUGUUUUAUGUUAUAAUUUCUGUGGAUCAUACAACUUUUCCCUCUUUGUCCAAGCGUACCCUACUUGUACAAUACAGCAUUAAAAGAAAGGGUUGCCAUAGCAAGAACAUUGUCCUUCUAAUAUUACAAACAAAACCGUGACUGCACAUGUUUAGCUACUGACUGUGUUUUUAUCAGGGAGCUCUCUUAAUGUCAAACUUCAACACUGAAAGCUGCCAUUUCAGAUGAUUUCACAUGAUUUUAUUCUAUCCUGGAGAUGACAAAUUGACAGUCCUGGUACCAUUUGUGUAAACAUAGUGCUAUCUACUGGAUAAAUCACUAUCCAGCUUAAACUAUAAGUAUUAAGAAUUUCUUUAUCCACUGGAUAGAGAUUUAACCAGUGAGUUGUGUUAUCCACCUUUCUAAUAACUGGACCCUGAACAUUGAAAUUGCAGGAAGGUUCGGACUGAAUGAUGUCAUAGUUGAUCCAAAAUGGUGGCUUACAAUGCUGAAUUUUUAUAAUUUUUGGACAAAAGCUUUUUUUAGGAUCAAAUUUCAGUAGUUUGUAAGCUCAGACUAUCCAGAACUGAGCAUGUUGUCAGCAUUAUAACUGUGCUCAGAAAGGUGUAACCUUGGUCAUUUAUAAUGAUUCUCAGGGAAGUCUGAUGUAAAUGUGUAAAGAAAAUCAUGUUGACUUAUUAAAUACAUUAUUUUACAGAUGAUGAAAGCUGUAUGCUGCGUCUUGUGUCAGAUUUAAUUCUAAAUGACCUUGCUAACAAUGCAGGCAAUAGAAAAGGCAAGUUUAUGACCAUUAUCCUUGAAGGGUCUUCAAAGAAAGAUGUACCUUGCUUCUUGGAAUCAUAUAUGAAAUUUUCAUGGCCAAAGGAUGAAAGGAGGAUCAGAUGUAUUAUUGAAGGACAACCAGAGAUUACUCCCGCCCCAGUUUCAGAUGUUAGAACUGAUCCACCUUCCCAGGUGGUAAGACCAGCUGAACUUCUUUGAAUCUUCAAGGUUUGUACACUGUUCAUUUAGUAAUCACUGUAUGGCUUGACAGCAAUGCUUGGAAACUGUUACCUUACUCGAUUUUACGCAUUAAAUUGUACAGAUACAGUUGACUCCCGAUAACUUGAACCCUCGCUCACUUAAACCUUACCCUUGAUAACUCAAACCAUGUUUCAGCUGGGUGACAACUCGAAAAAAGCAGUGAACAAUAGUCCAAAACGCUCAUUCUAUUUCAAAACAACCGUGUAUUGUUUUCCUUUACAGUGUAAUUCAAAUGCAAUGUUUAGCACUGUGCUGUGUGCAUAAUACUUGCAUUCCUCCCCAAUCCCAUUUCCUUACCUCUGGGUAUUUGCUUUGAACUCCUGAUAGCUCGAACUUUUUUCAAUUUCCCUUGAAAGUUUGAGUUAUCAGGAGUCAACUGUAGUUGAUGAUUGUCUGCCACAUAAAGAGAUUUGUCAUUCUACUGUUCUUGAAAUUAAGGGAUUAUAAUGUAUGAUACAAUAAGGAUAUUGGGAUUCCCAGGCUACCAUGACAAAUUAAUUUGCCUUAUCACAGUGAUCUAAUUUAGUCACCAAUGAAGCUACUUAUUUGGUCACUUAUGCUAAAAUUUAGGUGUAUUGGCACUUGUAAUUAGUAUUAUCUUUCAGUCCUUUGUCACAUUUCAUAAUAAUAUUGUGGUAUUUUUCUUACAGCCAAGCAGUGUGAUGUUUAAGCCCUAGAUGGUGAUAAACGAAGCCACCAUUAACAUGUGAAAACAGCUGCACCAAGUGCAAUAAUAUUCUGCAAAUAUAUUAAUAAUUUUAGAAUUUCUGUACAUAAACUUUUAGACUGUGUCAUUGUGUUUUUAGUGCUGACUUUCACAUAGUUGUUAACAUGCAUGUUUUGUACAUUUCUCAAGUACAAUUCUCAAAUAUUCCAAAUUUAAUUUGAGGAAAUUUUACAUAUUAUAAUAAUUAUUUCACCUUGGAAAAGUUGUCAAAAUAGUAAUCAUAAUAAUGUAUAUAUCAUAUCAUUAACCAAUUACGCUGCAAAGACAAAAUGCCAUGGAUGCUAAAAUAUUUCUGGAAUGCGUGUUGUGAUCAAGCAGGUUGAAUGUGCAAUGUACUUAACCUACCAGAGGGAAAAAAGGCAACAAUGUUAUGAAAAAAAUCAUCAUGGUAAUUCUUGCAUCAUGACUCAAGGAGCUGUACUUUGGCUUCAAGUUUCAUUGAACUACUUAAAACCUUUCACAUGGCGUAGAAGAAUGUUUUAGUAAGAAAAUGUUUCUGUACUGAAGAGUUUAAUAGUCUGCCAGGCAAUAGAGUCCAGCAGAGUUUGAAGUAUCUUAAUUUUGUAAAAAUGAAUCACAUUUUUUAUUUGAAUUUCUUUACAGUGAAGCAAUAAAUAUUUGUCACUGUAUUGUGUAGUUUGUAAUUUUUAAGAACAUUCACUGAUAUGGAUGAAAAAUCCAAAUUUGAAUUGCACAGUUUCAAUAGAAAAGUAACCUGUUUUCACUCUGUUUUAGUUUGGAUCUGCUGGACACAGCAAGCAUUCAAAAGAUGACUUCAGCAUUCUUUGCAUUAUAGGUUACUGAGACAUUAUACUUUAAAACACAUAUACCUUCCAAUAUGAAGCAUCUCUUUGGUUUUUUUGUUUUGUUUUGGUUUUUGUUUUUGAAACAAAAUAAUUGUUGCUACUAAAGAUUGGGUAAUUAAGCCAUGCAGGUUAAAUAUGAUAUAUUAAUCCUUAGCUUAGUAUUAUGCUCUUUAAGACCAUAAUACCAGUAUUGUUAAGUGCCAUGCCAGAAAUGACAUAUAAGUUAGUUUUUUACAUAGUUUUUUACGGCUCAUUUUUUCUACUUUUUCCUCUGUUGCAAAGACUCUUGUAUAGCCCAGUAAACUUAUUUGACAUUUUUUUUUUCAUAUGGCUUGUUCAAACACAAGCCUUCAAAUGUACUCUCUUUAAAUGUUGCCACCCUUUGAUAUCGAGGGAGUAAAGUCAGGAGCUACAAAGUCACAUUCAUAUUUAGACUCUCUCCUUCAUUCCUAAGGUCUGGAAAACCAACCCAAUUCAAGUUGUGUAACGUUACUUUUGGUAGUAACAUCUUUAGAGGUUGGUUAUAUGCCUUAGGUAUUCUAUUUCCAUAAAGGCAAAGGAUCAAAUUCGUGGGAAUUUCGUAUAAUUUGCAAUCCAAUGAACAAGAGAGUUGGCAUAAUAUAGACAACCAUUCUUUUCUGGGUGUGGCUCUUUGCCUUCUGCCCCCCCUAAUCUUGGAGACCACACACCUUCAUUCUUGUUUUUGGGUGUGGUUCAUUUGUCACCGUGUCAUGUCUAGAUUAGUGAGUUGACGGUACAGCUUAAGAUACCAUUCUUGUUUGCUGAUCUGCUUUUUUCAGUCUAUAUUAGUUGUUGACUGUAUAGACAAAGGUACCAUUCUUUUCUGGGUGUGGCUCUUUGCCUCCUGUCCCCCUGAUGUCGAUCUUGGAGACAGUUGACUGUACAGCCAAAGUUACCAUUCUUGUUUUCUGGGUGUGGUUCAUUUGCCACCCCUUCAUGUCUAUAUUAGUGAGUUGACUGUACAGCCAAAGAUACCAUUCUUGUUUUCUGGGUGUGGCUCAUUUGCCACCCCUUCAUGUCUAUUUUAGAGAGUUGACUGUACAGCCAAAGUUACCAUUCUUGUUUUCUGGGUGUGGUUCAUUUGCCACCCCUUCAUGUCUAUAUUAGUGAGUUGACUUUACAGCUAAAGAUACCAUUCUUGCUUUCUGGGCGUGGUGCAUUUGUGAUCCCUGAUGUCUGUAUAACAGAGUGUUGACUCUAGAGCCAAAGGUACCAUUUUUUUUUUUGGAUUUGUCUCAGUUGUCAUCCCUGACUGAGUCACUCUUACGAUUAACAUUUUACGUGGUUCAUUUAUCCUUUUCAUUCCCUAAGUCAUUUUAUGGCAGUAUUAUCUGUAAUUCUAACCUUGAAAUCUAUGGACGAAAUUCUGUGGUUUAACCAUGCGAAUGAAACCCCUUUGGUAGAACUUUUGCCUAGUACUACAUAGUUAAUUUUGUGAGUUCAAUUUUUGAACACUAUAAGAAGUGAAAGGUUUAGAGUGGUUUUCGUAUGACCUUGGAAAAUGGUUUCGGUGAGUGUUCGUUAUUUGUUUUAUCAGCCAAUGGAUAAAAAGAUCAAAACAAUCGUGUUGCAGUAUGACGUCAAAUCGAAGUAUCGAUUGAUUUGUAGAAAGUUCUCGGGCAUGCCGUUUUUUCACCCGGGAGUUCGCUUAACCAACCAAAAACCUCGGGAGUUCCUUUCCGUUCGAUAAACCAGUCAAAUCGCUUUAUUUCCGUUCGUUUGUGGCGACUGUUUUUUUUCGCGCGUUUUCAUUUCAAGGUCAUACGAAAAUCGCACAAUUGCCUAUUUUAGUUGUUCACCACCUCAACAGACAUAGCUAUUAUACUUACACUCUCAGGAGUGAUCAACAUCAAUUUUCCCUUAACAUUAUCAUUACACCAUCAAGAGAAAAGGUUACGAGAAUUAUUAAAAUGAUCACCAAAGGAAGAAUGUUUUGAUCUUUUAUCAAAUUCUCUCAAUUCAUUCUUUAAGGAAAUGUAUGAAAAUUUGUAUGUGGACACUGGGCCUUAAAGGUUUAAACUGUUAUAAUGCUUAAUCAUUUAGGCUAUGUCACGAAUUCUUCCUUUGUGUGUGCGGAAGCGGUGAACGCAUUAUUUGCUUGCGUUGUAAACCUUAUAGGACUGGUGUGGACAUGGCCUUAGAAAUGACGUGAAUAAAUAGUCGUUAACAAACUGAGACAACUGAGUUUUUGUCUUCUGACGUUCUUUGUUUUCCUUGGUCCAAAGAGUGGGCAUCAUGAUCCGUUCCUUGCGAGGGAAGACAAAAUCGUCUCUAAAUGUGGGUAGCAUCCUUAUUAAGGGUGACUGAAUUUUUAUGGCGUUUCGCUUUCCAGAGCUAAAACAUCGCGAUUUUAAGAAUAUGUUGUUUAUAGUCG